GCCAUGGCAGACGCACCGACACAGACUAACCUGCGUCCGAACGAACAUUUAUCCAUGGAGCAGGUGCACGGGGCAUGGCUCGCAGCUGGUGCCAGAGGAGACGCUCAAGCCAUGGCGCGCCUGCGGGCACAACAUCCUCAAUGGCUCGACCUCAAAAUGGUCAGUGGCCCACUUGUUUACUUGUUCACUGGAAUCAGAUCUGGCCCAUUAAAUUAUUUGAUAUUUGAUACUUGAAACCUUGAAUCACUAGAGUAUCAUUUCUAACCGUUUCGGUGUAUCGUGAUGUCGGACUUGAAGCCUGUCGCAUCAGAUACGACGAUCUCCACGCCGCGAUUCUGCAGCUGGGACUAUUUCCACUUGCACACCAUCGGGGCAUCGGCGCUCCUCACAGCUGCAUGGGAUGGCUGCGUCGACAUAAUUGAACUGCUUUUAAGCGCCGGACAGGAUCCCGAUACCAGUGACAACGGAGGCCUCACGGCCAUGAUGGUGGCCAUCUUGCGCUUUAACGUCGUGGUAAUGCGCUGCAUAUUUCGCAAUGGGGAGGCUAUCCGUCGGAACUUGGUUGUCGACGUACGUAGUUAUAGUUGGUUGGUCCCUAAUUGGAGGGGUCUUGACGAUUUGCACGCAUUUUUCAUGUCGUAGUGCCGGGAAGAAGAAAAUCAAUUGUUGCAACACAUUCUUGCCGUUGUCGAGCUGCUGCUGCGUUUCGGCGCCGACGUUAAUGCACGGAAUCAGGUACGCGAGGAGUGGUAACUUUUUGCCACGAUACGUUUGUCUUAUUUUUUAUUUGAUCCGCAUUUAUCUUGGAUUGUGAUUUUGGUUGCAGGAGGGAUACAGUGCACUGCAUUACACCGGGAAUGGCGACGCUCUCGACGUCGCGAUUUAUUUACUUGAUAAUGGAGCUGACAUCGACGCACAAGACCAGAACGGGAAGACACCGCUGCACCACUCCAUCCGUGAAGGUAGCCUCUUAGUGUCCAACUUGCUGGUGUCACGUGGCGCUCAAGUUGAUAUCAAAGACGUCGAUGGAGUCACACCAUUGACGCUCGCCAUCCAACAACGCAGUAUGAAUAUGCUCCAAAUCAUCUUGAAUGAACAUCACCUGGUAGCAACAACCGAAAGAAGAGACUUUGCAGCUAGCGUGAUGUUGUGUGCCGUGGAAAACGAGAUCGAAGAGGCUGUCCGCCUUAUUGUCGAGGGUGGAUAUUCUUCAGUGAUGAUCAGUAACUCCGACGGAGAGACACCACUGCACUUUGCCAUUGUGAAGCGAAAUUCGCAGCUGAUGGAGUUUUUGAUGAGACAGGACCAUGCCGACGGUAUCGUAACAGCAAUCACGAAGCGUGGAGACUCACCUGCCCACUACGCAGCUCGCUAUGGUGCAGUUCGUGAGCUGGAAACAUUACUCCAUCGUCUCGUAAUAAUGUUCGGGGACUUACAAACGCUAAACGUCGAGAAUAAUCCACUCAACGCAACGAACAACGAGGGCUCCACUUGUUUGUAUCUUGCUGGACUGGGUCGUGUGAACUCGAUUGAUCACCACGAAGAGCGAGACGCUAUUGCCCAACUUCUGCUGCAGCAUGGAGCACGACUAUUUCGUCGCGAUACAAUUGUGAUUCGUUCCAGAUCUGGACUGUCUGAGCAAAUACUACUUCACGAUCAAGCGCGUCGAGGAGUGGCGACUUGGGUGCGUGAAAUCAUCGAGCGUAACAAUGAGAACACAGCCGAUGAUGACGAUGCCGACGGACUCGACGUUCGAAGCAGCAAUGUAUUGCUCACGGAAUUGUGUGCGGAGUGGGUAGCCACUGUCGUCUCCCUAUCAUCGCAUUCGUCUGCUAUAGCUAAAGAGUGUCAUCCAAACUGGCCGGACUUAGCUGCUGUGCUACACAUCGUGAUUUCAGCCGGAUACGCGCUCGAGUUCAUGCCACUGUUACUCGAACUUCCGCUGCUUCGAAGUGGACUGGCUGCCGUGCUUCAUCGACUGGAACGCUUCUCAAGCUUUCCUCGCGUGCACGUUCUGCUGCUCCAGCUUCACACCGAGCUGUCGGGAGCUCUCGUGGAAAUUACAGGGGAUUGAACAUCCAAGUCAGCCGCUGAGCCCGGAAACCAUGGUCUCGUCCUGGACCUGGUGGAGGAAGUUAUACUUCUAGUACCAGUGAAGACAGUACUGGCCAGCACGCCAUAAAUCACGGUCCAAUCCAGUGAGAAUUCGAUAGACGCUAGAGUUGAUGUUCGGACAUCAGUCUCGCAAUACACCACUUGAGCAAUUUAUUCAGUGUCGAUUCACAUUCAUCCCUA